UUCGAAAGUGAUUGCUUAAUGCAGCCAGGGCACACAAGAAAUUCAGUUAUUUAUUUUUUGUUUCUUCAAACCACUCCAAUAUCCUGGAGCCAUUUUACAAUUUUGGUACAACGCCGUAACGUUGGUCCUUUAUGUACUGGUAUGACGCUCGAACGUGACGUCACUCUAGGCGACCAUUAUCGACAGACACUAAUUCGUUGAGUCCAUCCCUCUUGCGAAUGUUCUGCGGUCGAUUGGCAGAUGGUGCGUUCGUCGUCUUAAGACAGUCAUAACCUACAAAUAAGUAAAGAAGAUUGUUUGUUUAUUCGAUUCCUUCAGUUUGUUUGUUCAAAUUGUGUGCAGGCAAAGCAGAAGAACCUGCAUUUCAACGAUUUCCAGUGCCUGCUCGUACUAGGUGUACUAGGAGCAGAAGCCCUCACCUUCCGAAGUUGAUGUGGAAGGCUCAAUCAACGACAACCUUGAAGUCCAUUUAAAUCCCUUUAAACAACCGCAAAAUUGUCCCAAUUAAUCAAUCUGGAUCAAUUUUUCUUAAAUUGGAAGCAUUAUCCGUGAUGUGUGUUUGUCAUGGGUGCAUGCCUAUCGCUGGAACGUGAAGACGGCAAUGCAAAAAGACGAAGUGAAGAGAUUGAUAGGCAGCUUGGGGAAUUGGCCAAACAGCAGAACAAUGUCAUCAAAAUUCUGCUUUUGGGCGCUGGUGAAAGCGGGAAAAGCACCCUAGUGAAGCAAAUGAAAAUCAUUCAUGCUGAUGGGUUCACCAGAAUGGAGUUGAAUAGUUUUAGACCCACAGUGCUGGAUAAUCUUCUCUCGUCUAUGAAGUACGUUCUGGCCGGCAUGGGCCUACUCAGAAUCAACUUGGAACAUCUAAAAAACAAGGUCCAUGCAAAAAACGUAUUGGCAGCCGAUAGUUGUUUUGAUAUGAGCUUUACGGUCUUGCCCGAUGUAGCUGCUUCUUUACAGGCGCUAUGGUCAGACAGAGGAGUACGACUAGCUGUCUCCAGAGGAUAUGAGUAUGAACUGAACGAUUCUGCCCUAUAUUUAUUUGAAAACAUGGAACGAAUCUGUGAUCCAAAGUAUGUGCCAAAUCCGACCGAUGUGUUGCGGGCCCGAGUUCGCACGCAGGGCAUCAUCGAAACCCAGUUUCGCAUUCAGGACAUCAUCAUCAACAUGUAUGAUGUUGGAGGGCAACGAUCUCAACGACGAAAAUGGAUUUACUGCUUUGACGACGUGAAAGCUGUGCUUUUUGUUAUCUCGUUAAGCGGCUUCGAUAUGACGUUGAUCGAAGACCCCAAUGUUAAUCGGAUGGAAGAAAGCUUGAACUUGUUCGGGCAAAUCGUGAACAAUCCGUUCUUUCGAGAUGCGUCGUUCGUGUUGUUCAUGAACAAAUUUGAUCUCUUUAGGGAAAAAAUUCUCUAUUCCAAUCGACACUUAAGACUGUAUUUCUCCGACUACAAAGGGCCAGACAGGGACGUGGACAGGGGCGCUCUUUUCAUUCAACACAAGUUUAUCCUUAAAAAUGGAGAUUCCAGAAAAGUGCUGUAUCCUCAUUUUUGUACAGCUACUGACACUGCCAAUGUACAAGUUGUCUUCCAAUCUGUGAUGGAAAUGGUCAUUUCCGCCAACUUAGGGCAGAAUUUCACGUGAAAUCUGUGAUAUAACGCUGCCAUGGGCAGAUUUGUCACAACAUGUGCAUUGUACUUCUUUAGCCAUUCGCUUUACACUGAUGAUCUGUUGUUAUUUAUUUAAUAUGUAUUGAAUAAAUUGUGAAAAAGUGACUCAAGGUUUAAUUUCUAAUUAAUAACUACAUCGUCCGUUAACUUAUCAUUAACAUUUAUUGGUAACUGUUCAAUAACACAAGUUAUACCUAAAAGAUAACAACAAAUAAUUAAUGUUUUACAACCUCUUAGAUGAAACAGCACUAAAAAUAUACAGAUCGAAAUUAAAGCUCGAAUUCCACCAUUUCACUUAUUGCUUCAAAAUGGUUAAAACUACACAGCUAAGUUUGCACACACAAGAACAACUUGCCUUAUAUAACACAAUCUACUCUGGAAACUUUUCUCUUAAGAAAAACACCAAUGGAACCUUAUUGUCUAAUAAUACGACUACAAAAAUACUUGCUUUUGGAUAUGUUAUAUCAAAGGAAAAGAACGGACUGUAUUUAACGCUCCGGUUAUGGAUA